GGGAGCAGAGGAGGAGGAGAAGCGGGAGGAGGCAGAGGAGGAGCGGGAGGAGCAGCGGGAGCCGGAGGAGGCCGACCCCCGCGCCGCGCCGCGCGCCCGGCCCGCCCGCAUGCGAGUCACGUCCGCCCCCUCGCGCGCCGCCCUGGGACGCCGGCCCCGCCAGCGAUGAGGACAGACGUCAAAGUGCCUUAUGAAUAUUGAUGCGGAGGCUAGGCUGCUGUCGUAGAGGAGCAGAAGGAAGCAAGAUGGCUGCCCUUUAGGAUUUGUUAGAAGGACCGACCGCGAGCGCCGGAUCGCUGCGAGGCUGCGGGACAGACGAGGGGUGCGGAGCGCGAGAGGAAAGAGUAGUUACUCCGGUCGCCGAGACAGGACCAGAACCCACUUUUCUCAAGGCCGACCAACAUUCAACAGCAGACCCUCUCAAGAUCGUCCAUUGCCCUUGCUCCUGUCAGGUGGCCACGCUUGGAAGCAGGAGAUGGGCCCAGCAGCAGCCAGCAGGUCAUGAUCCAGCAGGAGCAGUGAGGGGCAGAGCCGCUGAAUUCAUUCAGAGGGCAGCCUUGUGGAUGGCCCCGAAGCAAGCCUGAUGGAACAGGACAGAACCAACCAUGUUGAGGGCAACAGACUGAGUCCAUUCCUGACACCAUCUCCGUCUCCCAUUGGCCAGACGGAACCUCUGGCUAUAAAGCUACAGAAUGGGAGCCCAUUAACUGAGAGACUGUAUCCAGAAGUGAAUGGAGAUACCAAGUGGCAGUCUUUCGAAAGUUAUUAUGGAAUACCCCAUAUGAAAGGAAGCCAGAAAAGUCGCGUGAGUCCAGACUUUAUACAAGAAGGCAGAGGGUAUUCCAAGUGUUUGCAAAAUGGAGGAAUAAAACGCACAGUUAGUGAGCCUUCUCUCUCUGGGCUCCAUCAGAAUAAGAAAUUGAAACAAGACCAACAGGCUAACGGAGAAAGAAAUAACUUCGGGGAAAGCCAAGAAAGAAAUCCAGGCCAAGGCAGCAGUCAACCAAAUGUCUCCGAUUUGAGUGACAAGAGAGAAUCUGUGAGCUCUGUAGCCCAAGAAAAUGCAGUUAAAGAUAUCACCGGUUUUUCAACACACAACUGCAGUGGGUCUGAAAAUCCAGAGCUUCAGAUAACGAAUGAGCAGGAGGAGAAACGUGCUAACUCCCAUGACAAGAACAUUGUAUUACUUCUUAGUAACAACGCAGUGCUAAUGCCUAAUGGUGCUACAGUUUCUGCCUCUUCCAUGGAAAACACACGUGGUGAACUCCUGGAAAAAACACUGUCUCAAUAUUAUCCAGAUUGUGUUUCCAUUGUGGUGCAGAAAACCACAUCUCACAUACAUGCCAUUAACAGUCAGGCUACUAAUGAGUCGUCCUGUGAGAUCACUCACCCAUCGCAUACCUCAGGGCAGAUCAAUUUCCCACAGACCUCGAACUCUGAGCUGCCUCCAGAGCCAGCUGCAGCUGCACCUGAGGCCCGUGAUGCUGAUAAUGCCAGUAAACCAGCUGCGGUGCUAAUAGGUACCUGUCCCUUUCAGAAACCAGAACAACAAAAACCGGUUUUUGAGCUAUGCCCAGCUCCUGCAGAAAACGAUAACAUCCCAGGAACCACAAAGCUAGUAUCUGGUGAAGAAUUCUGUUCAGGUUCUAGCAGCAAUUUGCAGGCUCCUGGUGGCAGCUCUGAACGGUAUUUACAGCAAAAUGAAAUGAAUGGUGCUUACUUCAAGCAAAGCUCAGUGUUCACCAAGGAUUCCUUUUCUGCCGCUACCACACCACCACCAUCACAACUGCUUCUUCCUCCCCCUCCUCCUCUUCCACAAGUUCCUCAGCUUCCUUCAGAAGGAAAAAGCACUCUGAAUGAUGGAGUUUUGGAAGAACACCAUCGCUACCCCAACCAAAGUAACACAACUCUUUUAAGAGAAGUGAAAAUAGAGGGUCAAACCAAGGCACCACCAUCCCAGAGUCCAAAUCCACCUACACAUGUUCGCAGCCUCUCUCUGAUGCUUCCAGAAAGGCCUCAGAAUAAUUGUGUUGACAAGAAUGACAUAUGGACUCCAGGGACAAUGACUGUUCCAUUGUGUGCUGAGAAAACAAGACAAAUAUCAGAACAUCUCAAACAUAACCCGCCAAUUCUUGGUAGCAGUGGAGAUCCACAGAACCACUGCCAGCAGUUGAUGGGACACAAAGAGCAAGAGAUUCUGAAGGGUCGAGACAAGGAACAAACACGAGAUCUUGUGCUCUCAAUACAGCCCUAUCUGAAGCCAGGAUGGAUUGAACUGAAGGCCCCUUACUUUCACAAAGCAGAAUCCCAUCCAAAAUGUAAUGAGGCAUCACUGCGGUCAAUUCUUCAGUAUCAGUCCAACCCCUCCCAUCAAAUAACCUCCAAACAAUACACUGGAAAUCCCAGCCUGCCUGGGGGGCUCUCAGGGCAAGCGUACAUCCAGAAAAUAAUGCAGCCGGAGCAGAGGCCACAGAGGUACCAAGCUGACAUGAAUCAAGGGCAGUCUCAAGGUGCAGUGGACCAGCAUCUCCUGUUCCAAAAACCCUCACUCCAGGUGCGCUUCUCCAAGACAGACCCUUCACCUGAAGCUCACGUGCAGUCAUUGUGCACCCCUAGAUUUCACUUUCAACAAAGACCAGCUCCCCAAACUGAGAAACUCAUGCCCCUGACUUUAAAACAGCACUUAAAUUCACAGGCUUCAGAGACUGAGCCGUUCUCAAACUCACACCUUUUGCACCAGAAGCCUCAUAAACAGGCAGCACAAACGCAACCAUCCCAGAAUUCGCUUCUCUCCCAAAACCAGCAGCAGCAGCAGAAAUUACAAAUGAAGAACAAAGAACAAGGGUCCCAGACUUUUCCUCAUCCCCAAGGCAGCAACGAUCAGCAAAGAGAAGGAUCAUUCUUUAGCCAGGUUAAAGUGGAAGAAUGUUUUCGUGGUGAAAAUCAGUAUUCAAAAUCAAGUGAGUUCCAGACUCAUAAUACCCAAAUGGGAUUGGAGAAAGUGCAGAAUAUGAAUAGUAGAAAUUCCCCCUAUGGUCAGAUCUUGAAAUCAAAUGCAAGCAAAGUGCACAUUUCUUGUUCAAACAGUAUACACCUAGUUCCAGGGAAAAAAGAACAGUCUAUAAAUUCUGAACUCUUUGCAGGAAACAAGACCCAAAACUUGCAUCACAUGCAAUAUUUUCCAAAUAAUGUGACCCCAAAGCAAGAUAUUCCUCACAGGUGCUUUCAAGAACAAGAGCGGAAGCCUCAACAAGCUCCAGUUCUACAGGGAUACAAAAGCAGAAGCCAGGACGUGUCUGGUCACCAAGCUGCACAACUUGCACAGCAAAGGUACCUGAUGCAAAACCAAGCAAAUGCUUUUCCUGUGCCUGACCAGGGAGGAAGUCACAGUCAGACCCCUCCCCAGAAGGACAUUCAGAAGCACGCUGCUCUAAGGUGGCACCUCUUACAGAAGCAAGAGCAGCAGCAAGCGCAGCACCCCCAAACUGAAUCUUGCCAGAAUCAGAUGCACAGGCCAAUUAAAGUUGAACCCGGAUCCAAGCCCCAUGCCUGUAUGCGCCCCACGUCAUCACAGCCAGAAAACAAAACGUGGAAAAAGAUAACGAAGCAAGAGAUCCCGCCCCCAAGCUGCGACAACGUGCAGCCAAGGAGCAUCCUUGAGACCAUGGAGCAAAACCUGAAGCAGUUUCAGGUCAAAUCAUUAUUUGACCAUAAGGCACUUACUCUCAAAUCACAGAAGCAAGUAAAAGUUGAAAUGUCAGGGCCAGUCACAGUUUUAACUAGACAAACCACUGCGGCGGAACUUGAUAGCCACACCCCAGCUGUAGAGCAGCAGGCAGCUCCUUCAGAAAAGACGCCAACCAAGAGAACAGCUGGUUCUGUUCUCAAUAAUUUCUUAGAGUCACCUUCCAAAUUACUAGAUACGCCUAUAAAAAAUUUAUUGGAUACACCUGUCAAGACUCAGUAUGAUUUCCCUUCAUGCAGAUGUGUAGAGCAAAUUAUUGAAAAAGAUGAAGGUCCUUUUUAUACCCAUCUAGGAGCAGGUCCUAAUGUGGCAGCUAUUAGAGAAAUCAUGGAAGAAAGGUUUGGACAAAAGGGUAAAGCUAUUAGGAUUGAGAGAGUCGUCUAUACUGGGAAAGAAGGGAAAAGUUCUCAGGGAUGUCCGAUUGCUAAAUGGGUGGUCCGCAGAAGCUGCAGUGAGGAGAAGCUGCUGUGUCUGGUGCGGGAGCGAGCCGGCCACACCUGUGAGGCUGCCGUGAUUGUGAUCCUGAUCCUGGUGUGGGAAGGGAUCCCGCUGUCCCUGGCCGACAGGCUGUACUCGGAGCUCACGGAGACGCUGCGCAAGUACGGCGCGCUCACCAAUCGCCGCUGCGCCCACAACGAAGAGAGAACCUGUGCCUGUCAAGGGCUGGACCCAGACACGUGUGGUGCCUCCUUCUCCUUUGGUUGUUCUUGGAGCAUGUACUACAAUGGAUGUAAGUUUGCCAGAAGCAAGAUCCCAAGAAAAUUUAAGCUGCUUGGGGAUGACCCAAAAGAGGAAGAGAAACUGGAGUCUCAUUUACAAAACUUAUCCACUCUUAUGGCACCAACGUACAAGAAACUUGCACCUGAUGCAUAUAAUAAUCAGAUCGAAUAUGAACACAGAGCACCAGAGUGCCGUCUGGGUCUGAAGGAGGGCCGUCCAUUCUCAGGGGUCACUGCCUGUCUGGACUUCUGCGCCCACGCCCACAGAGACCUGCACAACAUGCAGAACGGCAGCACCUUGGUGUGCACCCUCACUAGGGAAGACAAUCGAGAAAUCGGAGGGAAGCCCGAGGACGAGCAGCUCCACGUUCUGCCUCUCUACAAAGUCUCUGAUGUGGAUGAGUUUGGGAGUGUGGAGGCACAGGAGGAGAAAAAACGGAAUGGUGCCAUCCAGGUACUGAGUUCUUUUCGGCGGAAAGUCAGGAUGUUACCGGAGCCAGUCAAGACGUGCCGACAAAGGAAACUAGAAGCCAAGAAAGCUGCAGCUGAGAAGCUUUCCUCUCUGGAGAGCAGCGCAAACAAGAACGAGAAGGAAAAGCCAGCCUUACCUCGUACUAAGCAGACUGAAAAUGGAAGCCAGACUAAACAGUUGGCAGAACUUUUGCGACUUUCAGGACCAGUCGUGCAGCAGCCCCAGCAGCCCCAGCAGCCCCCGCCCCACUCCCAACCCCAGCAACUACAGAAGCAGCCCCCGCAGCCGCAGCCCCCGCAGCCGCAGCGACCCCAGCAGCCCCUGCAGCCACUGCAUCACCCCUUGACCACUGACCCUCAGUCAGAGCCUGUCAACUCUUACUCUUCUGGAUCCUCCAAUCUGUACAUAAGACGGUCCCAUCCAGUUAGUCCUUAUCCAAGCUCGUCGCACACUUCAGAUCUUUAUGGAGGCACCAACCCUCUCAACCUCUAUUCCACCUCCUCCCAAGCCGCAGCUUCGUAUUUGAAUUCCUCUAGUCCCAUGAACCCUUAUCCUGGGCUUUUGAAUCAGAAUAACCAGCAUCCAUCAUAUCAAUGCAAUGGAAACGUAUCAAUGGACACCUGCUCCCUGUAUCUGGGUUCCUAUUCUUCCCAGUCUCAGCCCAUGGAUCUGUAUAGGUAUCCAAACCAAGACCCUCUCUCUAAGCUAAAUCUACCACCCAUCCAUACACUUUACCAGCCGAGGUUGGGAAGUAGCCAGAGUUUUACUUCUAAGUACUUAGGUAAUGGAAACCAAAGCGUGCAGGGAGGCGCCUACAGCAAUUGUACGAUUAGAGCGAACACACACCAUGCGGGGACGUUCCCUCCUUAUUCCACUCCUGAGAUGGAUGGCCACUGCAUGGGAGCUGCUGCCAGAUUGCCGCCCAAUCUGAGCAAUCCAAGCAUAGACUAUACAAACGAUGAACACAACCCAUCUUCUCACAUCAUCCAUAACUACAGUGCAGCUCCGAGCUUGUUCAACAGCUCUCUUCAUGCCCUGCAUCUCCAGAACCAGGAGAACCACAUGCUUGCCCACACAGCUCUUGGGUUAUCUAAGAUGCUCCCAGCUCUUAACCAUGAUAGGACUGCCUCUGUCCAAGAAGGCUUACACAAAUUACCGGAUGACAGCAGUCAAGAAAAGCAGCCUUCUGCCGCCGAGGACAAUGACGAGGUCUGGUCAGACAGCGAGCAGAGCUUUUUGGAUCCUGACAUCGGGGGAGUGGCAGUGGCUCCAACUCACGGGUCAAUUCUCAUCGAGUGUGCAAAGCGCGAGCUUCAUGCCACGACCCCUUUAAAGAACCCCAACAGGAACCACCCCACCAGGAUCUCACUUGUCUUUUACCAGCACAAGAGCAUGAAUGAGCCAAAGCAUGGCUUGGCGCUCUGGGAAGCCAAAAUGGCCGAAAAAGCCCGCGAGAAAGAGGAAGAGUGUGAGAAGUAUGGCCCAGACUACGUGCCUCAGAAAACCCAUGGCAAAAAAGUGAAACGGGAGCCCGCUGAGCCGCAUGAAUCUUCCGAGCCCACUUACCUGCGCUUCAUCAAGUCCCUCACCGAGAGGACCAUGUCCGUGACCACAGACUCCACCGUAACCACAUCUCCAUAUGCCUUCACUCGGGUCACAGGGCCGUACAACAGAUACAUAUGACGUCGCCCCUUGUGUUGGUUACCUCAUGUGAAAAGACCACAACCAGCCUGUCCGUAGUGUAGUUCUCAUGACAUGGGCAGUGGGGGAAGGACACGGUGUUCACGACAAAUGUGGUGGGAAGAACCUCAGCUCACCAGCAAAAACAGAGGUCAUCUUACCAUAGCACUUAUUUCCACUGAGUCCUGAGUGGCCACAGGUGGCAUCUGGGUAAAAGACCAAAGCAUUCUAUGCCAGAAGAAAGUGGGGAAGAAAGUGUUGCACAAUUUACGCUUCUAAACACUGGUUCUAUUAUCCGACAAGGUGAUGUGUGAAGGUGACUUUCUUCCCCUACAGCUCCACACAUCUGUGACCACUUUUAAUAAUACAAGUUUGCAUAGUCAUGGAACACAAAUCAAACAAGUACUGUAGUAUUACAGUGGCAGGAAUUUUAACAUACCAUCUGGUGCUGAACAUACGAUGUAUUGAAAUACUGGAAUUAUGGCUUUUUAACAUGCAGUUUUUACUGUAAUCUUAAUAUUAACUUUUAUUUAUCAAAAUAGCUACAGGAAGCAUAAAUGAAUAGACAGCAAAACACUGAAUUUGUUUGGAUGUUCUAAGAAAUGGUGCUAAGAAAAUGGUGUCUUUAACAGUUGAAAAUUUAAUGCCUUUAUAUCAUCAAGAUGCUAUCAGUGUACUGCAAUGCCCUUGAUAAUAGGGUAUCUUUUCAUCCAAGUUUUUAUCAUAAUUACCUAUUCUUACACAAGCUUAGUUUUUAAAAUGUGGACAUUGUAAAGGCCUCUGGAUUUUGCUCAUCCAGUGCAGUCCUCGUAGGACAUUAAACAUAUCUAUGUACAUAUCUACACACACAUAUGUAUAUGUGCACACACGUGUAUGUAUCGAUAUCUUAAAUGGUGUUUUAGAAGCACUUUGUCUACCUAAGCUUGGACAACUUGAACAAUGCUAAGGUACUGAGACGUUUAAAAGAAAAGUUUACUUUCAUUUUAGAAUGCAAAGUUGAUUUUUUUUAAGGAAACAAGGAAAGCUUUUAAAAUAUUUUUGCUUUUAGCCAUGCAUCUGCUGAUGAGCAAUAUGUCCAUUUUUAAUACAGCCAGUUACAUCCAAAACGGGGCUUACUGGAUUCAAGGGAAUACAUUAGUCCACAAAACACACGUUCUCUGGUGCUCAUCUCACAUGCUAUACUGUAAAACGGUUUUAUACUAAAUUGUAUGACAAGUUCAUUGCUCAAAUACGUAGAGGUUCAAGAAAUUUCUGUUAACUGCAGGUAAUAAUCAACCGCAUGCUACAGACUCAGCAAAGCUAGUUCACUUCAGCUGAUGCUAUUUUUUGGAUCUCUAUGCUCGUCAGCGAACCGAGUGGCAGUCUGCCUUUGUGUUGGUAAUUGUACAUUGUGAUGUUGUCAUUUCUUAGCUUAAGUGUCCUCUUUACCAGGAAGAUUGAGCAGACGGAUGCCCGCAUAAGAGGAAUAAACAGGGUUAGUUCCAUGUGAAUCUGUUAAUUAAAAAAAAGGCAGCUGGUUUGCUGUGGUGGUUUUAAAUCAUUAAUUUGUAUAAAGAAGUGAAAGAGAUGUAUAGUAAGUAAAUUAAAUUGUAAACAAAACUUUUUUAACGCAAUGUUUUAGUAUUUUAGUACUGUAAAAAAUUUAAAUAUAUAUAUAAAUAUAUAUAUAUAUGGAUUUGAAACAGAAUUCACAUCAUGAUGGUGCUACUCAGCCUGCGACAAAUAUAUCAUAAUGUGAGCUAAGAAUUCGUAAAGGUUUGAGUGAUGCUCCUACUUGUCAUAUACCUCAACACUAGUGUGGCAAUAGGAUAUUGAACUGAGGUUGGAAGCUUAUAGCAUUGUGUACCAUCAUUUUUUCCAAGUCUUUUUUAUUAUUUUUAAAAAGCAUACCUUUUUUCAAUACUUGAUUCUUAGCAAGUAUAACUUGAACUUCAACCUUUUUGUUCUAAAAAUUCAGGGAUAUUUCAGCUCAUGUUCUCCUUAUGCCAACAUGUCACCUGUGUUUAUGUAAAAUUGUUGUAGGUUAAUAAAUAUAUUCUUUUUCAGGGAUUUAACCCUUUUAUUUUGAAUCCCUCCUAUUUCACUUGUAUAUGUCCUGAUGUAACUAAAACUAAUUUUGUAAAUGUGUUGGCUCUUUUUAUUGUAAAGAAAAGCAUUUUAAAAGUUUGGGGAAUCUUUUGACUGUUUCAAGCAGGAAAAAAAUUACAUGAAAAUAGAAUGCACUGAGUUGAUAAAGGGAAAAUUGUAAGGCAGGAGUUUGGCAAGUGGCUGUUGGCUAGAGUCUUUCAGCUCUCUAAAUAAAGAUGUUUUCGUACUGUAAUCAGAUCCUUGAGGACAUCCCUGCACAAGCAAAAGACGUAGUGGUAAGGUGUGCAGUCACCUGAGCAAUUACAUUCUGUCUAAGUACAUUUUUGCUUACUAGUAUUUCAAAUAAAUUCUUAAUCACAAGAGGCCUUUGAGUUUUAUUGGUCAAAUCUUUAUAACAUGGCUUUUGUCUUUUAGAAAACUUUCCCCAGUUUUUGGCUGUGACCAAGUGACAAACAUUUAAAAGAUGUGUGCUUUGCAUAUGUCAAACCACAUGAUUUUAGCAUUUUGCAUAUACCAUCUAACUGACCCCAAAUAUUUGGUUAGCACGUGCACAUUUGUUGGCUCUGAGUCAGCCAUCCCUCUAUGAGUGUUUGACUUCUAUGUCAUCCACGGUCACUUGUCAAACUGCUGGCCAAUGAGAGCAGGAAGUGUAGUGUGGAGCUGGGGAGGGUGGAGGUAGGGAAGAUAGGAGAGGAGAUCCAGCAAAAUAUUGUAAAUAUCAGACCUAUAAUUGUAAAUAUCAAACCUGCCUCAGUUAGAAUGAAUGGAAAGCAGAUCUCCAAUUUGCUUACAUAGGAAUAUCAGGUUGACUCUAUAGCCAUACUUGAAAAUGCUUCUGAGUGGUGUCAACUUUACUUGAAUGAAUUUUUCAUCUGGAUUGACGCACAGUGGUGUACAGUUCACUUCUAAAGCUAGUAGUUGACUUGUGUAGGAAACUCUUGCAGUUUGACACUAAGGUAAUGAACUCUGUUUGCAUUUUUCUACGCUUUUUUUUAAACUUAGUUUCAUUUCAUUUUCAUGAAAUGUUUGUGUUGUCUAUAAAAUCUGAGGAUGGUUAUAAAUACUGUAAGUAUUGUAAUGUUAUGAAUGCAGGUUAUUUGAAAGCGUUUAUUAUUAUAUCAUUCCUGAUAACGCUAUGUGAGUGUUUUUAAUAAAAUUUAUAUUUAUUUAAUGCACUCUAA